UUCUGCCUAUCGGGCAACCGCCACAUUCCACAGUGGAACAUAAAUUCUGCCACUUUUCUGGGCAUUGUUUUGUUUAAUAAAUUGUUGCACUACAAAUAAGCUGCGCAAUGUCUGAUAACGACGACGAUUUCAUGUGCGACGAUGAUGAGGAUUAUGGCCUGGAAUACUCCGAGGAUAGCAAUUCAGAACCGGACGUGGAUCUGGAGAAUCAAUACUACAACAGCAAGGCACUGAAGGAAGAGGAACCUAAAGCGGCGCUCGCCAGUUUUCAAAAGGUGCUCGAUUUGGAGAAUGGUGAGAAGGGUGAAUGGGGCUUCAAGGCGCUGAAGCAGAUGAUCAAAAUCAACUUUAGACUGUGCAACUAUGAGGAAAUGAUGGUGCGUUACAAGCAACUACUCACCUACAUUAAGAGCGCAGUCACUCGCAACCACUCUGAGAAAAGCAUCAACUCUAUACUGGAUUAUAUAUCAACCUCGAAGAAUAUGGCGCUGCUGCAGAACUUCUACGAGACAACUUUGGAUGCACUGCGCGAUGCUAAGAACGAUCGCUUGUGGUUCAAGACCAACACUAAGCUGGGAAAGCUUUAUUUCGAUCGCAGUGACUUCACCAAACUGCAAAAGAUACUCAAACAACUGCACUCCAGCUGCCAGACAGACGAUGGAGAGGAUGAUCUCAAGAAGGGUACGCAAUUGCUGGAGAUUUACGCGUUGGAAAUUCAAAUGUACACAGUGCAAAAGAACAACAAAAAGCUCAAGGCUCUCUAUGAACAAUCCUUGCACAUCAAGUCCGCUAUUCCACAUCCUCUCAUCAUGGGCGUCAUACGUGAGUGUGGCGGCAAAAUGCAUCUGCGUGAAGGAGAAUUUGAGAAAGCACAUACUGAUUUCUUUGAGGCGUUCAAAAACUACGAUGAGAGUGGCUCCCCAAGGCGCACCACAUGCCUUAAGUACUUGGUGCUGGCUAAUAUGUUGAUGAAAUCCGGCAUUAAUCCAUUUGACUCGCAGGAGGCAAAACCAUAUAAGAAUGAUCCAGAGAUUUUGGCCAUGACAAAUCUGGUUAAUUCCUAUCAGAACAAUGACAUCAACGAGUUUGAGACUAUUCUGCGUCAACAUCGCAGCAAUAUUAUGGCUGAUCAAUUCAUUCGCGAACACAUCGAAGACUUGCUGCGCAACAUUCGCACUCAGGUGCUCAUUAAACUGAUUAAACCAUACAAGAACAUAGCCAUACCCUUCAUAGCCAAUGCACUCAACAUUGAGCCCGCCGAGGUGGAGAGUCUGCUUGUUUCCUGCAUUUUGGAUGAUACCAUCAAGGGACGCAUCGACCAAGUGAAUCAAGUUCUUCAAUUGGACAAAGUUAAUAGCAGCGCUUCAAGAUAUAAUGCACUGGAGAAAUGGUCCAACCAAAUCCAAUCGCUACAGUUUGCUGUGGUACAAAAAAUGGCUUAGACAUUAGAAAACGUUUAAGACCAAAUCGAAAUAAUGGAAAUAUUAAAAGAACCCAAGAAAAAAAUAAUACAA